GACUUUCUCUGCCCACCUGUUUCUAUUCUCAUCGGACUAUUUUCUUGAUUGUCACGAUCCAUAGACACAAGACACAAAAUGACCUCAGUUCAGACUACCCCUGCUCAUACCCUGUCGCCUGCUGUCGCUGAGCAGGGACAGCUUCCGGCUGGCUUCCCCACUGUCUUGGACAGCAACCUUGCCUGGAUCGGUGCCGACUUCAAGAAUGCCGAGAACUAUACCUACCAACUCACAGAUGCUGACAUUACCGAGAUCGAUGAUGCUGUCAAGCACUUCAAGUCUUUGGAUCUCAAGGGAAGCCAAGUCACCCGAGAUACGUUCCCGCUCAGGGCUCUUGGUGCUAUCCUCGAUGGUGUCUCGGCCGAGAUCUACGAGGGUAGGGGCUUCGGCCUCAUCCGCGGCCUGGAUGCCAAGAAAUACUCAACCGAGGAUCUGACUCUCAUCUACCUGGGUGUCCAGUCUUAUGUUGCCGAUCAACGCGGCCGUCAAGACGCCAAGGGCAACAUGCUGGUGCACGUUAUUCAGGACCAGACAAACCAGGUGGCCGCAAACCACCACCGCCACUCGAACAAAGCCAUCACGUUCCACACCGAUGAGGACGGAGACGUCAUUGGAUGGUUGACCCGCGGCCAGGCUGCCGAAGGUGGCAGCAGCGUCAUCGCUUCGGCAUACGCCAUUUACAACCUUCUGGCAUUGGAGCAUCCGGAACUAAUCAGCGCUUUGGCAUCGCCCUUCACAUUCUCGAUCCCCAAGGUUGAGCGUCGCCCUGCCAUUUUCUACCAUGAGGGAAGGCUUAUUGUCAACUUUGGCCGCACUCCUCUGAUUGGUAGCAAGGCCCACCCCCGCGACCAGAAACUGCCACUCCCGACGAAUGAGCAGCUCAAGGCCCUCGAUCUUGUAGAAGAGAUUGCUCACCGAGUAGAGCUGCGCAUCAUGACUCAGCCGGGCGAUAUUCACUUCAUCAACAACAUGGCUGUUCUGCACCGCCGUGAUGCUUUCACCAACGAUGGCACCCAGUCACAAUUUGGACGUCGCCACCUCGUCCGGGUCCGCUGCCGUGACUCUCGCCGUGGUUGGUCCAUUCCCAAGGAUCUCGAAGCCGCGUGGGACAACGCCUUUUCGAUCGACGUGCGCCGUGGAGAGUCUUGGAACCUCGAGCCCAAGUCGGAGCUGUACUUCCCCCUGAGGAAGAACCCCAACUAA